AUGUUUAACGAACCCAUUUCACCACCUUCCUCAACACCCUCAUCCCCACCUUACUACACCAUCUCCUUUGACUCUGAGCCAUCUGACCCUCAAUCUCCCACUCUAGCUCAGCUUCAGACUCGUGCCCUUUCCACCCACAACCAACCUGAACCAGAAACAAACAUUCCAUUACCCCCUGAACAACCACUAACACCUCAAUCUGAACCUCACAAUGAAACUCCCUCUGAAAACCCCAUCACCCAUAACUGUGAACCUCCCAUUGAAACCACCCCUUCACCACCAGCACCUACAUCUCCUAUCCCUGAACCAGAACCUACCUUUCCCACCCUGGAAGAAGAAAUAACCUUAUUUGCUGAGUCUUCAGUGGAGAAGAUCAGUUCAUUAUCUGAAAACUCUGGUAUCAGUGAUGAUCCCUCUGCAGAUGCUGCUGAAGCUGCUCCUGUUGCUGCUGAAGCUGAAGCAAAAGCAAAAGCUAAUGCUGAACAAGUAGCACACAUAGCUGCAAAAGAAGCUGCUAAGGCAAAAAAUGAUGCUCUGACUCAGGGGGAGCAAUCUCAUUCGAAUUUCACUCCUCUUGUCUUGAAGACUCUGGAAGAGCUACAAAAGGAGCAGCAGAUAGUGAGAGCAAUAUUGGACCAACAGGACUCCGUCAACAACAACAUUCAGAACCUGCUGACCCAUUUGCUCACGAGGAUGCCUCCUCCUCCGAACCCUUAG